CGUCACUGAGGUCAAACGGGAGGAAAGAUGGCGAGCACCUAUGAGAGCUUCAACUUGCGCACCACACCAGAGAAGUUUUACAUAGAGGCCUGUGACGAUGGCUCCGAGGACGUCCUGGCUAUUGACAGAGUGUCAACUGAGAUGACUCUGACAGUGAGGAGGGACAUCCCUGCAUCAGCCGAGACCAGGCCAGUAUGUGGACUCAUGGGGACUAUACGUCUGGUGGCAGGUAUGUACCUGGUGGUGAUCACAAAGAAGCAGAAGGUGGGGGAUCUGCUCGGUCACGCUGUGUGGAAGGCUCUGGACUUUGACAUCAUCUCCUAUAAGAAAACGAUACUUCACCUGACAGACAACCAGAUGCAAGACAACAAGGCUUUCCUGUCGAUGAUCAACAGUGUUCUUCACACAGACGGCUUCUACUUCGCUACAGACUACGACCUGACACACACCCUGCAGCGGCUGGCCAACACCAGCCCCGAGUUCCAGGAGAUGAGCCUUCUGGAGAGGGCAGAUCAGCGUUUUGUCUGGAACGGUCACCUGUUGCGGGAGUUCAUGGCUCAGCCGGAGCUGCACAAGUUUGUGUAUCCUGUCAUCCACGGCUUCAUCACCAUGAAGUCGUGCUGCAUCAACGGGAAGGUGUUUGAGUGGAGCAUCAUCUCCAGGAGGAGCUGUUUCAGAGCCGGCGUCCGCUACUACGUCCGAGGCAUUGACUCUGAAGGCCACGCUGCUAACUACGUAGAGACGGAGCAGAUCGUGCAGUUCAACAGCGCCAAGGCCUCGUUUGUUCAGACCAGAGGCUCCAUCCCCUUCUACUGGUCCCAAAGACCCAACCUGAAGUACAAGCCCAAACCACAGAUCAACAAGACAGUGAACCAUUUGGACGGAUUCCAGAGACACUUUGACUCACAGAUCAUUCUCUAUGGAAGACAAGUCAUUCUGAACCUGAUCAACCAGAAGGGCUCAGAGAAGCCACUGGAGAUGGCGUUUGACAAGAUGGUGACCAGCCUGGGUAACGGCAUGAUCAAGUACAUAGCGUUUGACUUCCACAAGGAGUGCAGUCGGAUGAGGUGGCACCGCCUGCAGAUCUUACUGGACAUGGUCGCUGAGAUGCAGGAUGAAUCUGGAUAUUUCCUGGUGGAUGCAGAUGGGAAGGUGCUGCUGAACCAGGAGGGGACGUUUCGGAGCAACUGCAUGGACUGUCUGGACCGGACCAAUGUGAUCCAGAGUCUGCUGGCACGGCGGUCUCUGCAGUCACAGCUACGGAAAAUGGGUGUCCUGCACACGGGCCAGCAGAUUGAGGAGCAGGCAGACUUUGAGAAGGUGUACAAGAACGCCUGGGCAGACAAUGCUGACGCCUGUGCCAAGCAGUACGCUGGAACUGGAGCCUUGAAGACAGACUUCACCAGGACGGGGAAGAGGACUCAGUGGGGGCUGCUGAUGGACGGCUGGAACUCCAUGAUCCGAUAUUACAAAAACAACUUCUCUGACGGGUUUAGACAGGACUCCAUUGAUGUAUUCCUGGGGAACUAUGCUGUGGAGGAAGCUGAUUGGACCACGCCUCUGCGUGACCCCAAAGACUGGAAGUUCCUGACGCUGCCCAUCAUCAUGGUGGUCGCCUUCUCCAUGUGCAUCAUCUGCCUGCUGAUGGCUGGUGACACGUGGACUGAGACUCUGGCCUACGUCUUGUUCUGGGGGACGGCCAGCGUGGUGACGGGCGGCCUCAUCCUCUUUAACGGCCGUGACUUUGUCGAUGCUCCCAAGCUGGUGCAGAAGGAGAAGCUGGACUGAACGUGUGUGUGUGGAAAGCAGCUUGGCCCUGGAGAGCUCACCGCCUCAUCCUCCAGCUCUUCAUCACUUUACCCCCAGCAUCAGCAUCAGCAUCAGCAUCAGCA